GCAACCUUUGCGGUGGGCCUCUUCUUCUCCCCCCACCAGACGCCUCAGCUGCCUACAAUCACGGUGACUAUUUGACUUUAAACCGGCAUCACGCAGCUCAACGAUCGUGGUAAUUUGUCAAACAUGGAGAACGGAGCAGCUACCCAGGGAGAGGGCAAGGAUCCCUCAGGCUUUCUGAGCGAGAUCAUCGGAAACCCGGUGACGGUCAAGCUUAAUUCAGGCGUGGUCUACAAGGGCGAGCUUCAGUCAGUGGAUGGAUACAUGAACAUUGCUUUGGAAAAGACAGAAGAGUAUGUGAACGGUGCAAAGCGGCGGAGUUAUGGUGACGCAUUCGUCAGAGGAAACAACGUCAUGUACAUUUCUGCCGAUUGAACGAGACCUCGUUUGUCUUGGAACAAGCUCCAACGGCGGUUCCAGCGAGGCCGGCGACACGGCACUUGGCGGAUGCCGAUGAAUCGGAUUCCGGGAGUGCCAUCGGUCACGUAGCAUGCU